CAGAGAACUGAUUCACCAGACAGAGAAAAGAUAGAGGAUGAGAGUUAGCAGGGAUGCUUGGAUGAAGCGAGGGAUUUUUUAAAGGCUAAAUUGUGCUUUUCCUGACAGCAGAAGAGAUGGUGGAAGUGGAACAGAAGAAGCAAACCUUCCAGAAGUUCACGUACCAUGGCGUGGACCUGGAUCAGCUCCUGGACACGUCUUAUGAACAGCUCACGCAGUUAUACGGCGCUCGGCAGAGAGGGAGACUCAACUGGGGUCUGAGGCGCAAGCAACAUAACCUCCUGAAGCAUCUGAGGAAGGCCAAGAAAGAGGUGCCCCCCAUGGAAAAACCCAAAGUAGUAAAGACACACCUUCGAGACACGAUCAUCCUACCAGAGAUGGUGGCCAGUAUGGUGGGCGUCUACAAUGGCAAGACCUUCAAUCAGGUUGAAAUUAAGCCCGAGAUGAUUGGACGCUCCCUGGGCGAAUUCUCUAUCACCUACAAGCUCAUGAAACACGGCCAGCCAGGUAUUAGAACCACCCACUCCUCUCGUUUCAUCCCUCUCAAGUAA